CCAAAAUUCUCGGAAGUGUCAUUUUUGGACUUGAGUAAAACUUCGGCAUAUCUAGCGGUGGUGUAGCGGUGGCAAGGAGCUGAUUCAGAAAGUUUGGGACUAAAUGGCUACCACAAAGCAGUAAAACAGGAGGCGGGAGGAUGUCUGUGGAGGUGGACGUGAUGCUGCAGGAGGCGAAAGAAAGCAUCGAGGCGGCCCAGAACUACCGCAGUGAACUCCAGCAGCGCCUGAAUGGCCUCAACCAGGCCCGCAAACAGGUCCGGGGCAGCUCGGGUCAGGCCCGCGAGGCCCUCCGGCGCCACUUCACGGAGCUGCAGGCGGCAGCGAGUCAGUUGCUGACGGAGCGAUUGGCCACCCUGCUGGCCGAGGUGGACGCCAUCGAGGCGGACAGCGUCAAACCUCUAGAUGACUGCCAGAGCCUCAUUGAGCACGGGGUGGGCCAGGCCGACGAGCUGCUCAGAGAAGGGGAAGCAGCUCUGCGUUGUGGUCUCGGGGAGAAGGAGGACAAACUGGGCAGUUUCACCAAGAAGGCCAUGCACAUCCAACUGGACAGCCUCCCAGAGGUACCAGCGUUGGUGGACGUGCCGUGUGUUUCCGCCCAGCUGGACGACUCCCUGCUGGGUCUGCUGAGGGACCGGGUGACCCGCCUUGGCUCCGUCUCCUCCCACCCGCCUGUACAGAUAGAAGAGCUGCAGGAGAGACCGGGUGGCACCCUGGUCCGCUGGUGUAAGGUGGAUGAGGACUUUACAGCAGCGGAUUAUCGGCUGCAGUACCGGCGGUCUGGCAGCGGGGGGAGCCAGUACGAGGACGCCUACAUCGGUCGGGACUGCGAGUUCCUGGUUCUCCACCUCGACCCUCACACUGAUUAUCUGUUCAGGGUCUGCGCCCGCGGGGAGGGUCGCACCGAGUGGAGCCCCUGGAGCAUCCCCCAGACGGGUUACACCACACUCGCACCGCAUGAGUGGUGUCCAGGCACUGAGGGCUACAUCCUGAGCAGCCGGAGAAACAUCGCUCUACGCAGUGACUCCUCCCAGUCGCGCUGCCCCGUCCUCUACUCCAACGCACCCACCUACUUCUGUGGCCAGACGCUCACCUUCAAGAUGUCUGCAGCAGGUCAGAUGGAUCGGAGGGACAGUCUGGGUGUGUGCGUGGACAGCGGGAGGGGGGAAGAGUCACUUCAGAGAGACCAGGCCGUCUGCAUUUCCACCAACGGUGCUGUAUUCGUCAACGGUAAAGAGAUGACUAACCAGCUGCCGGCCAUCACCGUGGGCUCUGCUGUCACCUUCGACAUGGAAGUGGUGAACCUGUUUCCCAUCAGCAACAACAACCUGAGCGAGGGGGGCAACUUCAAGCUGAGGGUGACCAUCGGCUCAGGGAACCGGGAGGUGGUGUUUGAUUGGCUGGUGGACCAGGCAGUGGACUGCCUCUUCUUCGGCUGCUCUUUCGUCCACUCCGGCUGGAAGGUGCUGGUGUUUUAACGGAUCCUUUUUAAUCUGCUGGAGUCCAGGAGCUCGUCCCGCAGGCUCGGUCAUCUCCAGUUUAAAUGUUUCUCUUCUGUUGUCCUAUACCUAUAGGGUGCAGAGUCUGGAAACAGUCAGUCAUUUCAUCCCAGAAUUUCUUCCAACAGCCGUUAAGUUCCAAAUUAGCAGCUACCAGGGACGUCACAGGAAGGGCUUAGCCCCCAGGGUAUGCGUAACCUUCGCAACAAGACGAGUUGAAACUAGCAACUACUUGCAAUUCUAAAACCUGCCAGUUUACACCAAUGCGGCGAGAGGAGACUUUUUGUACUUCGGUUCUAACUUUCGACUUUUUUUGUAGCUGGAUAUAUCAUUUGUUGUGUCUAAAUAUGAAUUUGGAUAACGUUAGCGAUAGUGAGAUGCUUUGCUGCGGUUGCAUCUCUAAUGAUGAAUGAUGCAUCGGCGAAAACGUUUUCUUUCUCUGGUUCACUGCUUUGUUUUAACGGCGCUAGCUCUCGCCAGUCACUCCCUAGCUCGCUCGACCACAAAAGCUUACCGUGCCCGCGGGCGCUCGUCGCGCCUCUGUCUGCCAUUUCGACCCCUUGACAGUUCGUAACAUAGAAAUAAAACACACACACUACACACCGAUGAAUGGGGAUGUAAGAUUGAUUCAUUGUAGUGAGUGAUACAGAGUGCACUGUAAAAAGUCUAAAUCUAAUUAUUAUUUUUCCUAUUAUUACGGGGGGGCCUUGGAAAAGCUACUAGCAGCUACACAUAAUGGUCUGUAAGUCACGUACCAACUGAGGAAAUGGGAUGGACCCUGAUGAUUCCAGACUCUUUGUCAAACCCUGUCAGUGUUUCCAUCCGCUGUACAUGUGAACCAGCAGAUCAUCAGCCAACAAUGAUCCAGCUCUUCUUCAGUCUUCAGGAAGCCACGUCGGAGAAAUGAUAUUUGUGUUCGUGACAGCUUCUUGGCUUUUAGUCUGAUUAUCUGGCCUUCUUACAAGGUUGGCCAUUGUUUACAGCUUUGCUAUUUUUUUUUUUAUUUUUUAUGUGGCGUCUUCCCUUGCUGUGGGGAAGAGUUUCAGUAGGCCUUUGAUCUAUGCAUCAUCUUCUUUUAGUAACAGUUUGUAGAUGAAAAACACAGCCUGUCAGGACACACACACACACACACACACACACACACACAUACACACACUGUUCCUAGGAGGCCAUGAGAGAAUAGAAUAUACAUUUUUAUCUUUAGUUUGUUUCUGGGAGCAUCAGGAGAGCAAAGAUAGAAAUGUUAGAAUUUGCUAAACCUGCUAGUCUUUUUUAUUGUUUUUACUUUAUUUGUGUAUCUUAAAAAUAACCCGUCACUGUGAAAGUCACACCUCGUCUCGUAUUUUUCUUUGCCUUCUAAACUUGUUUAUCAGAAGUUUAAAGGGACAGUUCAUCAAAACCACAAACCAGCCUGAGUGUUGUCUGUCUGUCGGUCUGUCUGGAGUUCUCAGAGGUUUGGAGAACCACAGUACAUACUGUAUAACAGCACAUGUAGCUCAGUGGAAGCCUGGAGCUUUGAGGCAGUUUGGGCAACAGAGGGGCCUAAAAUAGCACAAAGACGUUCUAAAGUUAAAACCAUUGGCUUGCUGGAACAAACUUUGUGCUGCUUGUUGGCCCCAAAACUCUGAAA